UGUCACUUUAAGAACGUCGGUGAACACGUGUGCAGCGCUCUUCACUUGGAGAAAAAAAAAGUUUGACAUACAUUUCUGAAAUUACCAAGGAAGUCAUCCAUUUUUUACCUGCCAACAAUCGUCUAAAGAGAAAGUACUGCAUACUGUCCGAGAAAUUAACUUGGACAGUGAUACGAUGGACGGGAUAGCCCAGGUAACGACAGCGUCUGAAAAAGUGUUUAUGUUCGCUAAAUAAAAUGUUCAACCCACUUCUAUUGCGCAAAAGUAUUGCGUGGUGGUCUAUUUGUGUGUUGGUUGCAUGCCUAUCAUCUAAUGACAACUUUGUCUACUUAGUUAGUUAAUAAAAAACAUUGUUUACCUUUGUUUCCUGAAUAUCAAAAGAAAAUUCAGACUUCAGGAUUUACUCUGGACCUGGGACCCUUGAAAGAGCCCUUGGCAUUUAUUAGAGUGCUCGAAUGGGUAAGUUUGUUAAUGUUUUUCUAGCUAUUUAUUAUUAAGCUAUAAUGUAGCCCAGUAUGUACUCUUAAGGACCUUAACUUGACCAUUCCUCCUUAAGGUACACGGACCUUUUAUAUGUUAUUUUCAGAGGUAGACUGGCUCUGGCAGCCAAAACAGCCAGAUACUCCAUCUAAAGGUGACUCGAUUCUCGAUUGCUGAACGGUUCUAGGAACAUAAAGCCCUCUACUUUCAUAUCACAUCAAAAAUAAUUUCACAAAUGCGAAAUGCACACUUACUGUACAAUAUUUUAACCGGCUUUAUCACAGUUGCAGCUGACAGUAUUUUUCAGUGACAUGUUUCUGGCGGCCUUCUUCCAUUACACUGAGUAUGCAAAAUAGCUAAUCGGGUCAUUCCUACAACGUGGUGCCUUUUUUGGCCCCAGGAAAUAUAACUUAUUAUUUAGUGUAAAAUGUGGACAAUUAGCACAAGUGGUCCCUCUGUCUUCGUCUGUCUUCUGUAAAGACGCGCUGUAACAUGGAGACAUGGCCGUGUGGGAACACUAAACACUAACCCUGUAAAGGUGUGUAUCAAUUGAACUUUAUUUUAAUAUUUUUAAUAUAAUUUCAUGCUGAUAUAAACGAUAUGGUCCUUAUGCUUCCAAAACCGUACCGCAAAGCGAUAUGUUAAUGUUCAGACCGAGUGUUCCGCUCUUAACAAAACUCCCCCGUACAGAAGACGCCUUCGUUCAACAACCCUUAUGUGUCAUGGAAUUGAGUCAUGAUCAAGGGCUAGCGAUCAUCUGGCCUAUCAUGGGGAGAACCUCAAUGACUUGAAAUGAAUGUUUUUAUUUUGUAUAAAUAUGCAGGGCUUGGUCUAUGUAGAGGUAGUCGGAUUAAUUAGGCUGUAAUACACAAUUCAUUGGUUUAUACAGCCUGAAAAUAUGACUUCAAAAUCGUGUAAAAUGUUCCUUACAAUUCAGAAUGUUGAAAACAAUUACAUGUGAAUUUACUCUACCGGUUGACUGUGGUGUUGGUCCAGAUGGUCGAAAUUUGAGACAAAAUAUCCACAGCAAAGUGUUGUUUACCCAACUUUUUAGAGUGCAGGAACUGAAGUUCAAUUUUCUUUCACCUGGCACAUGCUUAAAACCAUGUAAACACCUGCUGACUUCAGUUAGUAUCACUGAGGUAUGGUUAGUAUCCAUGCAUUGUGUGCAUGUACUUCCGUCUUGUGCACAUGCCUUCGGUCAUGAGCAAACAUAUGUGUGCAAGCGAUGCAUGCAUACUAACUUAAAUCAGCAGGUAUUUACAUGGUCCAGGUUAUCGAAAAAGUUGGGCAAACAAUACUUUCCUGUCAAUAUUUUUUUCUCAAAUUGAGGACAAACUGCACAGACAACCGGUAGAGUAAGUUCAAAUGUAAUUAAAUUCAUCAUUCUGGCUUGUAAGGAACAUCUACACGACUUUGCAGUCAUUAGUUUCAGAAUGUAUGUAUAUAACAGCCUGAUUUAAUCAGACUAAUGCAGAGGGUGCCUUUUUUUUUUAACCGUGUCACCAGCCACCCUGCAUAGCAGCAGAAUGGGUUUCAAAUGGAUUGAAACUAGCUGGUGUUGUGACGUACUGCAGGCCCAUAGUUGGUGAUCUCACUGUGACCUCCUCCUGUUAUUUAUCAUGUAACAAUUUGGAAGUCCCGACCUCGACUAUACCGUAACAACUUAAUUGUUGCAAACUAAAUAUGAAAGAUGGUAGCAAUCUGUUCAUUUACAAGAUGCAACAAAUGUAUAUUUUUGCAAAGAAUGUUGACUGCCUGUGACACCAAAAACAAUAGAAGACGGACUCAGAACUCGUCUGGAGAUCCUUUAGAUCUCGCUGAAAUGUGAUAUUUUACCAGUAUAUUAUUAUUAUUAUUAUUAUUAUUAUUAUUAUACAAUAUUCACCACACUAUACUAUGACCUCUGUAGAGUAUCAAUACAACAAGGCUCUACACAGCCAUCUGUGAGGUGGCGUCUCUUGACAUUGCAUCCUGUAUCACAUCCUGUAUCGCAUGUAUUAAAGGAGUGUUUUACUCAGGCUAAUAAAACCACUUCUCUCUACGGUGUGAGACCAUCAUGACGGUUUACAUUUACAUUUCAGUCAUUUAGCAGACGCUCUUAUCCAGAGCGACUUACAGUUAGCGAGUGCAUACAUCUUUCAUACUACUACUACUAGUCGAUUGCUCUACUGUGUUUUUUUUGUUUCUAUAGUCAAGUGAUAAUCACUUCCUGUGAGGAAGGAUGCCCUUCUGUAGAGGAAAUCGUGUGUGAGCGGGAGAGGAAGCCCGUCGAUCAUCCACGAUGACUCGCUGUGCAUGAUCCAGUCAUAAUAAUAAUAAUAAUAAUAAUAUGCCAUUUAGCAGACGCUUUUAUCCAAAGCGACUUACAGUCAUGCGUGCAUACAUUUUAUGUGUGUAUGGGUGGUCCCGGGGAUCGAACCCACUACCUAGGCGUUACAACCGCCGUGCUCUACCAGCUGACCUACAGAGGACCACCUAGUUGUCUUACUCCACUUUCUACUGUCGGUAGUUUUUAUCUGAUCCGUUACCAGACCGGUCAACUCCCGUCACUUCAGACUGCUAUGAACCUGUAAAGCAAACUGCCGUUUAGUUAGCACAGGGUGCCAUAGUCGUGUUCUAAUCUGCACUGUUUGGACUGAAUGUCAUUUCAGAAAGAGUUAUAUGUCCAGUUAUGCACUGUGUCCUGUCCCGUGUAGCUCAGUUGGUACAGCAUGGCGUUUUGCAACGCCAGGGUUGUGGGUUCGAUUCCCACGGGGGGGCCAGUAUGAAAAAAUAAAUAAAAUAAAUAAUAAAAUGUAUGCACUCACUAACUGUAAGUUGCUCUGGAUAAGAGCGUCUGCUAAAUGACUAAAAUCUAAAAUCUGUCCUUAUUUGGCUUUGUCUGUCUGCAGGUCUUCUCCAUAUUUGCCUUCGCUACGACGUCGGGCUAUGCCGGCUCUACGAGCAUCAAUGUGCAGUGCCAGGGUAACGGCAGCCAAGAAAUCACUGCUGCCUUUAACUACCCGUUCAGGUAAGCAGAACAGGAGUAAACAGAUUCAUCGUAUGGGUGUGUGAUGUUUCUGUUCAAAGUGGCUUGUUAUUAUAAUUGGGUUGUGUUCAGCGGGGCACACUGAAGCGAAAUGUUUUGCGACAAAAUAAACGAACAUCUGUAUUUUUACGGGACAAGCUCAGCCGAGUACCUCCCCGUUUUCACUCCGUUACAAAAACAUUUCCCAAAUGUCUACCUACUGAACAUGACCCUAUACUACAUGUCUCUACACCCAAAAACGAAUGUGUUCUUAUUGGCCCAUUUCUGGUAGUACCUCCCUGUUUCACUUAGUUUUCUCCUUACUGAACACCACCCUCUCUCUACACAUCUGUUCCCCACAGGCUGAUGGCCCAUCCAUACAGCGUCCCCUCCUGUAAGAACGACUCCAGUACCAUCCAGCUCUAUCUGACCGGCGACCACUCCUCCUCAGCUGAGUUCUACGUCUGUAUUGGGGUGUUUGCCUUCCUCUACAGUGCCGCCAGCCUGGUGAUCUACCUUGGCUACCAACACGUCUACAGGCAGACCAGCCGUGGCCCCAUUGUGGUGAGUUAUCUGGGAAUUGUUUCGUCCGUGCUCUUUGUAGUGGUGAAUGGAAGGUGUAGAUGUUAGUCUACAGAAUGACUUGGAACACUAAAGAGUUUGAGCGUUGGCACGAAAUAGCUAUAGACACUUGACAACUGCGUGAGAUGGGCACUUAACGAGAGAAAGGGAUCUUAACAGUGGUCUGUAAAUGAAGAACUGGAACUGGGGAGGGUGAAGGGUGUGUUCAUCUGGAGGUGGGUGGGUGGGUGGGGGGUGGACCUAUGGAACUGGGGGUGGCAAUCCAAGAAAUUGUCAUUGAACAUUUUGGUUGCUUGUGGACCAACAGAUCUGGGUGAAGUACAUUGUCAGAUAUUUGAGGUGCACUUGAUUUAGUUUUCCUGGUACAAUGGAUUAGUCCCAAAAGUGCAAACUCCAAGCUGAAUCAAGCGAACAUCAAAUACUUUCAAAUCUUUGACGUUGUCUAUUUAACCCACAACUGCUUCACUAAUUCAAGUUUCACACAAUCGGAUGCAAAACAAUGCAAAUCAAAAGCCUGAUAACUAAUGAUUUGGAUUUGGUGGUGGUGGGAUGCAGGAAUACGCUGUUGUGAAGAAGUCAGGUUGUUAUAUGGACUGUUUACAUACUGUUUGUAGGCGGGUUCGUCUGAUUUUAAGUUCCAACUUUCGUCUUGAACCUGCAUUUAUAUACUUUAUUUACCAUGUCUCCUAUCCUUCCAACAGGACCUGCUGGUGACCGGAGCCUUCACCUUCCUGUGGUUGGUGUCCUCCUCUGCCUGGGGUAAAGGCCUGACUGACGUGAAGUGGGCCACCAGCCCCUCUAACCUGGUAGGCUUAAUCUCCACCUGCAAGGACGUCGGCAACAAGUGCACACCAGGAGCAGUGCCUCACAUGGGGCGACUCAACUCCUCUGUGGUAGGCUACUACAUGUAGAGUUAUUAAUAUUGGUUACUUACAGUGCCCUCCUGAAUUAUUGGCACCCUAGGUAAAUAUGGACAAAAGGCUGUGAAAAAAUGUAAUUGUUGUUUAUCAGCUUGAUCUUACACUUACAAUAUCAUAUUAAUCUAAACUUUAAUUGAGUAAAACAAAUUCUAAAAUGUUUUUUGUCGUCAAGAAAUAAUAAAUAAUUAUGUUAUGUUUGAUGAGGUGGGAGAAAACAUAGAAAGGGAUUUGAGACCAUUCCUCCGUACAGAAACUCUCCAGAUCCUUCAGUCCUUGGUCCUGGCUUGUGGACUCUCCUCUUCACCCCACAGGUUUAGGUCAGAGCACUGGGAUGGUCUUUGCAAAAGCUUGAUUCUAUGGUCAGUGAAACAUUUUCGUGGCAGAGGCAGACAAGUUUUGGCCUAAAAUCUCCUGGUACUUGGAGUCCAUAAUGCCAUGUAUCCUAACAAGUUUCCCAGGGCCUUUGGAAGUAAAACAGCCCCACAACAUCACAGAUCCACCACCACACUUCACAGAUCCACCACCACACUUCACAGAUCCACCACCACACUUCACAGAUCCACCACCACACUUCACAGUGGGGAUUAGGUUAUUUUCUGCAUGACCAUAUGGCUGUUUGUACUCCAAAGCAACCUCUGGUGUUUGUUGCCAAAAAAAGCUCUCUUUUUAUCUCCUCACACCAUAGAACCUGCUUCCAGUCAAAGUUCCAAUGACAUUUAGCAAACUCCAGGCGUUUACGUUUGGUGACAGCAGAGGCUUUCUUCUGGCAACACUUCCAAAUAACUUGCUGGCAUGGAGAUGGCGUCUAAUUGUAGUUUUGGAGACUCGGUGACCCCAAGAUGUAACCAACUUCUGCAAUUCUCCAACUGUGAUCCUUGGAGACAUUUUUGCCACUUGAACCAUCCUUUUCACUGUGCGUGAGGGCAAAAUACACUUGCAUCCUCUUCCAGGCAGGUUAAUCACAGCUCCAGUUGUUUUAAAUUUCUUAAUUAUUGCUUUAAUAGCGGAGAUGGGUAUUUUCAGGCGUGUAGCUAUCUUUUUUUUAAUAGCUAUUGCCUCAUUUGUGAAGGUUAACAACUUUUUGUCUCAUUUCAUUUGUGUGUUCUCUGGCCUUUCCCAUGUUGAUGGAUGACUAAGGGAGUUUAGCCUGUGUGUCACCUCAUAUUUAUACCUCAGUGAAACAGGAAGUCAAGGAUGACCACUUAAGAGUUCCCAAAGACUCAGAUGAACUUUAAAAAAAAAAAGUAAAAUCUUAAUUGGAAUAUACAUCAAUUUAGAUUUUGUUCAUAAUAAUUUCUAGGGGUUCCAAUAAUUGUGACGCAUAUUUUUGAAUAAAAUAAUUAUUUCUUGAUGACGAUUCAUAUGAUAUUUUGAGGGUAAGAUUAAGCUUUUAAUACAGCGCCUUUUGUUCAUAUUUACCAAUAAUUCAGGAGAGGGCUGUAUUAUCUGUACACUGAGGGGGAAAAAGUAUUUGAUCCCCUGCUGAUUUUGUACGUUUGCCCACUGACAAAGACAUGAUCAGUCUAUCAUUUUAAUGGUAGGUUUAUUUGAACAGUGAGAGACAGAAUAACAACAAAAAAAUCCAGAAAAACGCAUGUCAAAAAUGUUGUAAAUUGAUUUGCAUUUUAAUGAGGGGAAAUAAGUAUUUGACCCCUCUGCAAAACAUGACUUAGUACUUGGCGGCAAAUCCCUUGUUGGCAAUCACAGAGGUCAGACGUUUCUUGUAGUUGGCCACCAGGUUUGCACACAUCUCAGGAGGGAUUUUGUCCCACUCCUCUUUGCAGAUCUUCUCCAAGUCAUUAAGGUUGUCGAGGCUGACGUUUGGCAACUUGAACCUUCAGCUCACUCCACAGAUUUUCUAUGGGAUUAAGGUCUGGAGACUGGCUAGGCCACUCCAGGACCUUAAUGUGCUUCUUCUUGAGUCACUCCUUUGUUGCCUUGGCCGUGUGUUUUGGGUCAUUGUCAUGCUGGAAUACCCAUCCACGACCCAUUUUCAAUGCCCUGGCUGAGGGAAGGAGGUUCUCACCCAAGAUUUGACGGUACAUGGCCCCGUCCAUCGUCCCUUUGAUGAGGUGAAGUUGUCCUGUCCCCUUAGCAGAAAAACACCCCCAAAGCAUAAUGUUUCCACCUCCAUGUUUGACGGUGGGGAUCGUGUUCUUGGGGUCAUAGGCAGCAUUCCUCCUCCUAACACGGUGAGUUGAGUUGAUGCCAAAGAGCUCGAUUUUGGUCUCAUCUGACCACAACACUUUCACCCAGUUCUCCUCUGAAUCAUUCAGAUGUUCUUUGGCAAACUUCUAACGGCCCUGUAUAUGUGCUUUCUUGAGCAGGGGGACCUUGCGGGUGCUGCAGGAUUUCAGUCCUUCACGGCGUAGUGUGUUACCAAUUGUUUUCUUGGUGACUAUGGUCCCAGCUGCCUUGAGAUCAUUGACAAGAUCCUCCCGUGUAGUUCUGGGCUGAUUCCUCACCGUUCUCAUGAUCAUUGCAACUCCAUGAGGUGAGAUCUUGCAUGGAGCCCCAGGCCGAGGGAGAUUGACAGUUCUUUUGUGUUUCUUCCAUUUGCAAAUAAUCGCACCAACUGUUGUCACCUUCUCACCAAGCUGCUUGGCGAUGGUCUUGUAGCCCAUUCCAGCCUUGUGUAGGUCUACAAUCUUGUCCCUGACAUCCUUGGAGAGCUCUUUGGUCUUGGCCAUGGUGGAGAGUUUGGAAUCUGAUUGAUUGAUUGCUUCUGCGGACAGGUGUCUUUUAUACAGGUAACGAGCUGAGAUUAGGAGCACUCCCUUUAAGAGUGUGCUCCUAAUCUCAGCUCGUUACCUGUAUAAAAGACACCUGGGAGCCAGAUAUCUUUCUGAUUGAGAGGGGGUCAAAUACUUAUUUCCCUCAUUAAAAUGCAAAUCAAUUUACAACAUUUUUUACAUGCGUUUUUCUGGAUUUUUUUGUUGUUAUUCUGUCUCUCACUGUUCAAAUAAACCUACCAUUAAAAUGAUAGACUGAUCAUUUAUUUGCCAGUGGGCAAACGUACAAAAUCAGCAGGGGAUCAAAUACUUUUUUCCCUCACUGUACAUGGGUGGAAUCUGGGAAAUCAUCCUGGGAACUCUGCUCAAAAACAAGUUUUACAUGUCAACCUGAGUUUUUGCUUGCCCCCCCCCCCCCCUCCCCUCAAUUACAGCCCUGGCUGCAGAAUUCCAUCCAUGUCUCUUCCAUAUACCGUCAAUUUAAUUUUAUGAAGAAAUUGUAAUGUGGAGCCAUUACCAUUUGAUGCAUGCCAUUGAGAAAUGUGACACUUCCUUACUAAGAAACAUGUUUUUUGUCCUGACUAAAAUAUGUGUUUUUUUUGUGGCAGAUCUUUGGAUUUCUCAACCUGAUAUUGUGGGGUGGUAACUGCUGGUUCAUCUUUAAGGAGACGCCCUUCCACAAGUCAGCCAACCCCCCUGGUGACGCCGAGGAGGGGUCAGGGGUCAGGCCUUCCUAACUGGACAGCUCCCUGCUGUCAACGGCUGCGUUCCAGACUGCAUGCGAAGCAGUCGCACAAAUUAACCAAUCUUUGGGGGCGCUACUAGAAAUGUCUUCUAGUAGCUUUAUUAAGUUGGAAACAGUUUCUUUCAUGAAUUGCCAACAUUGACAGCUUCACGUUUAUUAUUCAGAAGUGUUCGAGGUGGUGCGUUUUGAAGAUGUCUAAACGGGUACAAAACUGAAUCCAGCAAAUAUGCCAUAAAUAUAAGUCAUAGCUAGUUUUAUUUCAGAACUACUUUUGUUUCAUGCAGUCAACUGUUUUUUAGUUUAACAGUACAUCUUAACACAAUGCAACGAUCAAAUGCGUCCCUCAGUUUAUUCAGAAAGAGUCGAGACGUGUGAAUUUAUUUUGUUGAUCGGAAAACCAGUGUUUUUCGUCUCACACUGUUACUUUGUGGAUAGUUUAGUGUUUUUGUUGUAUUAAAAAAAAGCAAGCUGUUAUUCUCUCACACUCUGCUUGUUAUUUGCCAGUUAAAAUAGUCACUCUAUUUUAAAUGGUCACAGACAUUACAAGUGAUGCCAAAAGCCAGGGAUCAUCAACUAUUGUAGAUUCAGCUGAAGGCCAUUAUAUAUUAUUUUGUGGAUGGUCGGGGGACCGGAAAACAUUUAAUUACAAAUUAUUUAUUGACUGCAAGAAGCCCAAUUUAGAUAUCAUAUUUGACUGAAACAUAAUUUCAAACCUUGCUUACAUU